AUGGAAGAACAAUUAUAAUAAAUAUUCAAUUCCAAAUACAAAAACAAAACACUUUACAAUCAUUUUUGUGAAUUGUAUUAUCAGAUGCAAGAGAAUAAAUAUUAUAAUGCAAAAAGUAUAUACAUCUAUUAUUUUAAUUAGAUUUAGAAGAUUUUGAAGAUUUGAGUAAUUUUAUAAAAGAGAAUAGAUUUUAUCAUGUUCCACUAAAAUCAGCAGAUGAAGUUAAUAAUUUAAAAGAUAAAACAUUUCCAUGGUAAGAAUAUUGUUCCAAAUUAAUGUAACUUAUGCAAUUCAAAGCUAAAUAAAUAAAUGCCAAUAUCUAGAACUUUUUAAAAUUAAAUACUUUAUUGAAUAUUGUUGGGUAUGGUGUCAAUGAUGAAGAUGCUUACAUAAUAUAACAAUGUCUCAAAUAAAUUGCAUAGAGAGAUCCAAAUAUAUAAAGCGUACGUUUUUGGGGAAAAAUACUAGCAUAACAAAAGGAUUACUUUGUUAUUGAAGUUACAUUAAAUAAAUAAAUAAAAGAACCAUAACCUCCUGAUUGUGAUGAAAAACUUAAUGAAUAUGUGCAUUAUGUUACUUAAGAUUGUAAUACUUAUAGCAUAAUAAAUUAGUAUUGGAUGAUUGGGCCUUAUUGCCAUAAAUAACACGUAAAUAAAUGGAAGCCUGUAGGUAUAUCACUUAUGUUUUCAGUGGAAAUCUAAACAAAAAUAUCACUUAAUAUCCAUAUUUUGAAGGAAAAGAAAAACAUUUAUUAAAAGCUUAAAUAUUAAGAAUAACACAUGCUAAUCUAUUAGCUCCUAGAGGCUUAUAUAAAUAUGAAGAUGAAACAAAAACAAUAGGUUUUGAAGAUGAAUUUAAGAUGCCUGAAUCAGCUGAAUUGGCAACUAUGGAUGCUUGGGUUCAUUUGCCAGCAUAUAUUUUAAAAUAAGGAAGAAUAACAUUCUAUGAAGAUCCUUCUUUAAAAGAAGAAGAAUUGAAUUAAAUGAAAGAAUCUGAUCCUGAAUAAGAGAGAUUAAAAUCUAUUAAAGAUGAUAAACGUAAUAAUUGAUGUUUAUUAUAUAGCAUUUGAAUAGAAUGAAGGGAACUGGUUGAUCAAGGUUUUUGGAGAAACACAGCAAUAUACAAAUUAAGAAGAAUAAGCACUAAGUUAUUAAGUAGUUUUGUUAAGAAAUUAUUUGUGGCCUGGUGCAGUGACUGUUAGCAAUGUAUUUAAUUAAUUAUAUAAUAUUUAAGUCAAAUGAAUACUUAAGUGUUUAUUUUGGAUAUGGAUUAAAAAAUUAAUAACAUUCUUUUAAUCCAUUAUCUCCAAAAGAUGUACAAGAUGACCCUGAAGAUAUUGAUGAAGUUCCAGAACCAAAUCCCAGGGAAUAGCCAGAUGAAUUGGAACCAGAUAGUGAUGAUGAAAGAAGAAGAGAAUAGGAAAGAAGGGAAGCUGAAUUGCAAUAGUAAUAAGAAUGA